ACUCGAUAUGUAUACUAAAUUAUAAUUAAAACUUGAACCGAUCAUAAGUGCUAAUUAGUGAUGAUUCGUUUUCCAUUGUCGAGAGAUGUUCGCGCGUUCGUACGCUGCUUUUUUGUGCGAAUAAACGAACGAAUUUGUUUCUCGUAUGGUAAUGCUAUAUAGCUAACCUAUACAACGAGUAGAAAAAAAAAUUAUAAUAAGGAUCGUACGAAAAAGUGAAAUUAUCCGAAUUAGCGUUCUAGUUAUGACACUUAAAAUGUUCUGAUACAUGCUGCUCGUUUCUGUAAAAUGUGCAAACGUUUCCGGGUGAUUUUAAAUAUUUUGAUAGUGCUUCACAUUCGAAUUAUCAGUGCUGAUUCGCCAUUUGAUGUUUUGAGAACACCCCGUUCAUUUGAAAAACAGUCGUCGAGAGGAAUCAUGUCUCCGAAAAUGGAUUACGACGAAUGGACGCCUUUGGGACGAGGCGAUCCGUUAAAAAAUGAUCCUACCUUUGAUUACUCUCCUCCGAUGGUUGGCAAAGUGAAAUACUGGAUUAGUCCAUUGCUGAGGACACCCGACCCGCCAAUAGUUCCGAUCAAAGAGUUAACUACAGAAACGAGUCAAAUAACCGCCACAAUUACCUCAUCAUCAUCAUCGUCAUCUUCAUCCUCAUCAUUAUCAGCAACCAGUAAAUCGUCUCAACUACAAAGUCCCGCAUCCGGCUUCAAACAUUCGACCGAAUCGAUCAAACGAUUCUAUAUCGAUUUCAAAGACCCGUCUGAUACAUCGUACGUGCAUUUGAUGAACACGAAAUUUAACAAUAAAUUUAUCCGACCGUCCCAAAGCGUCCAGUAUCAGAACCAUUUCUACACACCGACUCGUCAACCACCUCCAGCCCCGUUGCCUAUGCUAGUACCUCCACCACCCAUCGAACCUAAUAGCUAUUCGUCGAAUAAACCAUCGGAUAUUAAUUCUACUACCUCUUUAACGCAUUCAUGGGAUGUCAACAAACCUCUACCUACGACAUUAGCAUCCAUGGCGGUACCACCGGCCCCCAUUGCUGUAACGUCUUCGGUAACCAAGACUUUUGCGACUGCUAAGCCAGACCCAUCAGGCAUGCCAGUGAUGAAAACAGAGUUGCCUUUUUUGAAACUUUUGCUAGAUAAAGAAACCUCAGAAUCGUAUCUAGCCAUGGCAGCACCUACAACUACGGUUAAACCUCUAACGCCUAAUCCUUUAAUAACGUUCCCCAAUAAUAAACACAGCCACGCUGUGAAACCCCCCUCUUAUUUAAUCAUCCAAGGACACUCGAAAGUGAAAAAAUACGGUAGUAAUAAAAUCGAGAGAUCUGACGAAGCACUGACCCAAGAUACCAACGAUAUUGUCAACGAACCGACGAAAUAUGAGUUACCUAAAGAGAUCAGAGCGGGAAGACAAAUCGGUGUCGAAGAUUUCCUACCAUUUGACGGCAUCCUCGGAGAUUCGUUCAAGGAUUUCGUGUCCAGUCAAGCCGAAGGAUCGGGUUUUGGGGCUGAACUUACUAGGGUUAUGUUCCCAUCUUAUGUUCGAUCUACUCCUACACCAGAGCUCGAGUCUCCUAGAAGCAGCGAACAGCUAGAGCUAGAUGACGAAUCGUCGCUCGAGUAGUAUAGCGAAUGUGUUUCUUACUUUCAUUUUAUUUUAUGUAAAAGACUUCUUUUCUUAUUUUUUUUUUUAUAUUAUAAGUAUUUAAAUUAUUGGUAUACUAUUUUUUACAAUAGUGUUAGCGAAUUUAAUAAAAUUUUAUUUAUUUUG